AUUCCAGAUACAGCCUUUCUAAAGCCGGCCCUCCUUCUCAUAUCAACGCCAGCCUCGCUUCUCCGUUAUUCUCGCAUCCCACGUCGAGAUUUUUCGAGCCCAGCAGCGCUUCAAGCCCCAUAAUCCCCGCCAUGACGGGAAAGCGCAAGUCUAGCGCCAACGCUAAUGUUGACACCUCCAUCGCGAAGCGCCUAAAACUUCGGAAGCGCGCAGUAGCCCCUCACCUAUCGGGCCCAGAGACUCCUAGAAGAAGCACAGCUCCAAGUGCAACGAACGACAGUGGUAAAUCGGCCUUCAUCCCUUUCCGGGCUACCGAGAACGACACUCAGAACUACCACGCCUUGAGUCCUAGUUCUAGAGAGAUCCGCUACAUUUCACUUGAGCCGAGCGACGACAAUGCCGAGGACUCCAAGAUAGUAUGCUUUCUGGGCUACAUAUCCCUGGACAACAAGAAAAGAAUACCAUACGAAGCACUGUCAUACUGCUGGGGCGACGUGUCCGAUACUGUCCCAAUAACGCUUCUACACCCGGUUCGGUACGAAGUGACCAAAAAUCUCGCCGCUGCGUUACGGAACCUUCGAUACAAGGACAAACAUCGCGUGCUCUGGGUUGACGCCAUUUGUAUCAAUCAAGAGGACCCUAUCGAGAGAAGCGAGCAAGUUAGAGAUAUGAGUCAGGUCUAUUCACAAGCCGAGCGAGUAUUGAUCUGGCUCGGUGAAGAGAAUCUGUCCUGCCAACUUGCUGUGAAGUACAUGGACUUAUUGGCAGUCGCUCAUGGUAAUGAUGGUGAUGAGGAGGAGGAGGAGGAGGAGGAGGAGGAGGAAGAUGCUAUAGGAGACGUUCAAGGCGACAUUGGAGAAGAUAGUGGAGACGGCAGCAAAUUCCACAUUGCCUUGAAGGGACUAUAUCGGCUCGAAAAGGAACACGAGCGCAUUUCUAUCAAGUCCCUGACGGAAGACUUGUCUGACGAAUUCUUUGAAGUCAUUGUGCAUACGCUAGGUGAUCUCCUGUCGAGGCCAUGGUUCAGACGUGUUUGGGUUGUUCGAGAAGUCCUCUGCACCCGCACCGAUCUCGAAGAUGCGUAUCAAAAUGGUAGAAUCAUCGUCAACAUUGGGAGAAUGCGCAUCCCCUGGGGCAUGUUCUUCAUGUCCAUUGAUCGUAUAGUACACUAUCAAUGGGACCGACUCUGGCACUUCCUGCAUACGCCGGUCAGGAGGCAGGCAUACCAUUGCCUAAUGUUCUAUGAAAGUUGGUUAGAACUAUGGAGAUCCGUCGAACCAGAAAUAGUAGACCUCUUGGUUGUCACGCACGGUUUCCAGGCAAGUGACCCGCGGGACAGAUUGUUCGCACUUCUAGGUCUCGCAAUCGAUUCCAAAGAUUCGGACAGUCACUUAAUCCGCCCCGAUUACACCAAAUCUCUUGUUCAGAGCUGUUGGGAUCCGCUCAAGGAGCCUAGCGAUGCACGCUUCUUGAAUAAUUGCUUGCGGAUGUUCGGCAUGGGCGAAGGCAAUGAUAGCCCGGAUGUCUGGUCGAAGGGAUUCAUGUCAUAUCUGGAAUACUAUGGAACAUCGACGCAAAUACGCGACACUGGGUUUUUCUCAGACUGUGGACCAGAGAGCAUCCGAGUGUCAUGCCGCUUCUUCAACACAAAAUCAGGAGAGCUUGGGUAUGGGGACCUGGUAGAGGAGGGAGAUGUUGUGGUCGCGCUUCAAACGGCGAAAUUUCCCUCCGUGAUUCGGCCCUGUCAAGAACCCGAAUUGGAAGGGAAGUUUCGUUUCGUCGUGCCCUGCUUGUUCUACGGCCAACAGCCCAUGAACCACGAGAUGUAUUUACCCACGGCGGAGAGGCCUCUGGAAGUUUUUGAGUUGGUUUAG